ACCUAAAUCUACACAUUUACGAUGGAACUUUUUACAUCAGGUUGAGCCGAAUAAACAUUCAACUUCCAGUGCUUAAGCAUAAUCAGCCAUGAUAAUUGAUUGAUCAUGUUGCAUUCAAACAACAAAAAACAUGAUCAACAAUGCAUUGCAUUCAGUUAUGGUUUGUUUCGUUGUAUGAUUGGUUAAUAACAAUAUGUCUUCAACAAAUAAACAUGAUUCUGAUAAAGAUGAUGAAACUGAGCAAUGUAGAGUUGUUCCAGGUGAAAAGUACAAAAAAUGGAAUAAUAACAUUGGUAGUGGAAAUAAAUUUGCGAGAAGAGCUCGUUCUUUUAAAGAAGAUUUAUUGGAUAUUAUAUCAUCAGCCAUGCGAUCACCUAGUCAUAGUGCCAUCAGUUCCAGAAGUGGAUCACCUAAAAAUGGUUUGCCAAAACAAAGACAUGCUUCGUCAGGAAGUAGCCCUAAACGUUCCCUUAAUGACAUUGACUUUCAUGUUAGACAAGUUCAGAUAGCUUUGAAACAUUUCCUUGAUGUAAUAACAAAAAAUAAAUUAGAAAUGUUACCAGGAAAUGGAACAGUAGUUUUAGAAACGGUGACAUCAAUUUGUGGAGUGUUUAAAUCAUAUGACAUUAAUGAGCAAAGUUCACUAGUUGUUUCUGCUUUAAAUCAAGUAUACCAAAGUGUAGCACAGCUCAUUAAACUUUGUGAUGAUGUUCUUAUAUUUGGUGAAAAAGCAAUAAAUACAGAAAAUGUAUCAGACAUACUACGUUUGGUUGAUUUAGCAAUUCAGAAUUUGGUAUCACUAACCAAUGAUAAACUUAACCAUGGUGUAAAUAAAACUGUGUACAAAGACGAAGAUUCAUUGAAACUUCCUGAAGAACUGAAACAAAGAGUCUCUCUGCCUGAUAUACCAUUAACACCGAGAGAAAGAGAAAUAUUAGAACAAACUAGUAAUCAUUCUUUUGAUACAGUUGACAGUGUCCCUCCAUCAAAACCUCCAUUACCUGAUCGAACAUGGUUAAAAAAGACUGAUCAAAAUAUUUCUCCUCCCCCAUUACCACCAAAACGUCGUACUGGACACAAUACCAAACAUAAUGUAUAUAACUUAACUUUGGAACCUUUGAGCCUUUCUGAUCGAUCUUCCUCAAUUGGUUCAUUGGACUCAAUUUUAAAUGAUGAUGAAGUUAAUAUUGCUAUGUGCAAUGAUGAUAGUUCAUUUUUAACCAAUGAUCCCAAUCAUGUUUGUGGCUAUUGUAACUGUUCUUCCAGUUCUGCAUCUGUAGACCAAGGCAAUGAAAAACGAAUAUCACCAUUUUCUGAAUAUCCACCGCAACAUACUAUGGUAGAAAAGAAAACUGCAUUUAUGCAUCAGGCAUCUAAUCAAGUUUGGACACAUUCCAAAUCUACUACUAUACAUCAAAUUACAAAUAAAACUGUAGUAACGAAUGAAAUCAAUUGUUCUAUGUCAAAUGAUGAGAUUCCGCCACCAGUGCCAGAAAAAAAACGAAUAAUUAGACAAAGGCUUCGAUCAACUUAUGAUAAUUUAUCAAUGGAUGAAAUGGCCACACAAUAUAACUUCCAUAGGAAUAAUAGCCACUGUAGUAUUCAAGCAUUAACACAUACUGCAUCACUUGAUAACCCUACUGCUGAUCCUUCAAAUCCACCACCAUUGCCAUUGAAAAAAAAACAUAUGUUUCAUUCGGUGGCCUACUCUGUAAUGGCUUACAUGGAGAUGUUUGGCAAUUGUACACAUGGAAAUACUACAGAAUUUUUGCGACAUUCUGUUCAUACAUAUACAAUGCUUCAUCAGAGUAAUUGGCAUUCACCUCAAAAAUAUCAGAAUGAAAUUCAAAGUUUUAGUGUUGAAAAUUCUUGUCAGCAGUAUUAUUUUGCUAAUGAGUCUGAUCCACCAGCUUUACCACCUAAACGAGGUAAGAUAAUGUCAUCUUAUAGAGAAUUGACACCACCUAGUUCACCAAGUAAAAUAUAUAUAACAGAAGUUAACUCAACUCCAAUUCAAGAUCAAUGUUUAGAAAUCCAGGAUGUCACACCAAAUAUUAUUGAAAAUCCUCAAACUGAUGUUUGUGAAACCAACAUAAUGGAAGAAUUAAAUGUUUGUCAAUGGCUUGUAUUUAAAAAACCAGAGGAAGAUGGACCUCUUGUUCGUGGUGGACAUGCAGAUGCUCUUGUUGUUCAUGCCGCAAAUGCUGUUAAAAAUGAUUUCAUGUAUCAAGAAGCAUUUUUAACAACAUAUAGAACCUUUAUAUCACCUUUAGAGUUAAUACAAAAACUGUGCUUAAGACACCAAAGGUUUCAAAAUUCUGGCGAUUUAAAUAGGCAAAGAGCUGGACGAGAAUCAUUUUCUUUGUUAGUUAGAGUAGUUAGUGAUUUAACUUUGACUGACUUGGACAAUGAAGUACUGCAAAUUCUUAUGGAAUUUGUAUAUCAGUUAUUAUGUGCUGGAGACUUAACAAUGGCUAAAGCUCUUAGAGUUAAACUUUUAGAAAGAUAUCAAGCAAAAAUGAUGCAUAAUACUUCAAUAAAUGCAUUAUUACCAUCUCAAAACAUAUAUACUCGUCAAGCCACUUUAUUAGACUACAAAACCGAACUUAUUGCUGAACAAAUGACCAUGUUAGAUUCAGAACUGUUUAUGAAAAUUGAAAUACCUGAAGUUCUUAUUUGGGUCAAAGAACAAAAUGAAGAGCGUAGUCCAAAUCUUACUGAAUUUACUGAGCAUUUUAAUAAAAUGUCCUAUUGGGCAAGAUCACGAAUACUAGAACAAAAUGAAGCUAAGGAUCGUGAACGUUAUGUUUUAAAAUUCAUUAAAAUAAUGAAGAGUUUAAGAAAGAUGAAUAAUUUUAAUUCAUAUUUAGCUCUUUUAUCUGCUUUGGAUAGUGCACCAAUUAGACGUCUUGAAUGGCAAAAAUAUAUUACUGAAGGCUUAAAAGAAUACUGUGCUUUAAUUGAUAGCUCUUCCAGUUUUCGAGCUUAUAGACAAGCUUUAGCUGAAACAAAUCCACCUUGCAUCCCUUAUAUAGGACUAGUUUUACAAGAUUUAACAUUUGUACAUAUUGGCAACAAUGAUUAUAUAUCAGAUAAUAUUAUAAAUUUUUCCAAACGAUGGCAACAGUUUAAUAUUGUUGAAAAUAUGAAAAAAUUUAAAAAAGGGUGUUACAAUUUUAAAAAGCAUGAUCAUAUUAUUGCUUUCUUUAACAAUUUUGAUGAAUUUUUAUGUGAAGAAGCCAUGUGGCAGAUAAGUGAAAGCAUUAAACCUAGAGGAAGUAAAAAAACUACGUAAAAGUUAGAUUUAAAAAUGUUAAUUUGUAAAUUUGUUUUGAAAUUUACAUAGCAAUAUUAGAUUCUAAGUAAUAGUUAGGUAUACAAAAAUCUAUUAAUUUUACAAUGUAGCAUUUUCACCUUCCCAAAUAAAACUUAAAUAAAAAUCUAUAAAAUUUCUCCAAAACAUUUUAUUGAAAAGUGCUAGUAAAAAAAAAAACAGACAUUGGUAAAGUAUAUAACCUAUUAUUGAUGCUGACUUACUCUUAUUCUAAUUAUAUUUAUC